UUUUUUCAUGGGGUUUGGUUGUUUUUACCUGGUGCCUAACGGAACACAGAACUCCUGUUGCUUGGAGAGAGUGUUUGUUUACUGUGGCCAUGGCAACAGAAUUUUACACUUGGAGAGAACAGCCUGCUACUUGGAUCACUUUUCUGGAGAAGGUGGGGCAUCAGGUUUGUAGCCGUCAGCCAUUCAGAGCUGAACAGUGAUCAUCUCCUGGUCAGACAUGGCCGGAGCCCAGAGUGACCCCAAGAAGUGGUCAAUGCCUGGCUGGAGAAUAGAGGAGAAAUACUCCAACAAGGUUCUUAUUGGGAACUGGGUAGAGGAGAGACUACAGUUCACCAGAAAAGGCCAGACAGGCAAAACCACCAACCAGCUUGACUAUCGGCCUUACAGCGAGACCACAAGGGAUGUGGUGGUGCGGACAUCUGCGCUAAAGAGGGAAGAGGGUCUCCCAAGCAGGGUGCUUCUUGCACACCACAACACCCCUAACUCUGAUCACCUGGUCUCCCUGUACGAUGAGGUUUAUUGCCGGCAGGGGAAGAACCCGGCCCUGCCCCCUCUUCGAUCCUGGAAGUACGACAGUCUGGCCUGGGUGCCUGAGCGCAGUGACCACCCAUUAAAGGGUCCUGCUACGAAUUUCGGGCUCCUUCAGUCACGGGUCCCUGUGUGGAAGAGACAGCAAGCUGAACAGGAGAGUCUUUACAGGGCAUCGUACACCCAGCACCCCAGCUCGGCCUUCUCCCUGCGCCACUGUCGGCUGUUCUCCAGCCACCUGCACACCCCCAAAAGCGUGAACAAGGACCUGCAUCUCAGAAACCAGCCCUGCCGCCUGGUGCCUGAAUACCCCAAUACAGCCCGCUGUGCAUCCUCACCCCAGCUCACAGCAUAGAGGCCCGGCCAGGGCUGCAUCUAUUGUGCUUUUUUAUUCAGUAAAGUAACAGGUGCUGAAAUCUAUUAGGCCUGGUAAACGUACUACUACGAGAAAGAGGUGCAAUUUUCAAUAAAAGUUUACCAAGGCAAAUCUAGUAUUUCCCUAUGCGUUCACUAUGCAUUUAUAGUGCAUCUAUUUUCUGGGCUUGUUUUAAAGAGUAACUUAAAUUCCUUUUUCUUUACUUUUUUGUGAUGUUUGCAACCAUACUGAAUAGUUCUUACAGCAAUUACCCAGUCACUGUGUUUUCUCCCGAGUUCAGGGACUGUUCCUUAUUUCUAGUAGCCUGCACUAAAUAUAUGUAACAGAAAAGGGGAUCACUGUUCUGCUGUGUGACACAAACAUACACACACACUGUAUAUAUACUACAUUGGACUUUGUUCUUGUGCUUUACAGCCUCCAGGUGUCAGUAUUAUGCAGUGUAUGGAAACAGUUUUCUGUGAAUCUGUAGCACUGAUGAUGUGUGAUGCAGUGACCAUGAAAGUGUAGGAGGAAUUAAAUUAAUUUGGGUAUUGAUGGAAUGUGAA